AUGGGUUUCGUGAAAAAGAUCGUAUUGGCGUUGGUUUUGAUCGGCCACCUGCAUUUCGGAGCCACCAUAAACUGCGAUGGAGAGCCCUCGUCGAAGGAGGGGAAGCUGCUGAAGAAGCUGUUCUGCUACAACUACGACAAAUCGGAGCGCCCGGUCCGGAACUACAGCACGCCGGUCAACGUAUCCUUGGAUAUGCACAUUCAAAACUACGAUUUGAACGAACGGAAGUCCACGCUGACCGUCUACGUGUGGCUGAGCACGAGCUGGAAGGAUGAGUUUCUGGUUUGGGACCGCAUGGAGUACGGCAUCGAUAAGCUGAUCGUGGAAUCCAGUGAACUGUGGCACCCAACCAUCAUUCCUUUCAACAACUUCCACAGCUCUGGCGCAGAUGCGGCCUGUUCCAGCUAUCGCUGCGAGGUGAACCAAUACGGAACCGUACUGUGCGUUCCACCGUGCCAGUACGAGGCCCUGUGCGUGGGGAACACACAGAACUGGCCGUUCGAUUCGCAGAACUGUACCGUCUUUCUGGGCACCUGGGUUGAGGAUGUGGCCAAGAUCAGCAUCAACGAACGAUCCAACGUGUCGACGCGCUACAUCAAAGUGCCUCACUCCGAGUGGCAAUUGCUGUCGGCCAGUAGCAAACUUUUGGCUCUGUCCGAAAACACGUCGUACCCUACGGUGGAGUACAACUUCUCGCUGCAACGCCAUACGGCGAUCUACGGAGCGCUGCUGACACCGGGAUUCUUGUUGGCCAUAAUCAAUCUGGCGGUCCUGUGGAUGAACAGCUACAGCACCGAGCGGUUGUACAUUCUUUGCGGCACGUGCAUGGGACACUUCACGUACCUGGAGUAUCUAUACUGGCGUGCUCCUUACCACGGGGUUGCCGUUCCGAAGUUGUUAAUUUUCUUCCGCGAUUCGCUCAUCAUUAGCGUGGGCAUACUGGCCGUUACCAUCAUCCUGCGGCACAUCCGAUCCUCGGCCGGAAGCCCGGACCGGCUGGUGAACAAACUGGCACUAAAAGUAGCCGCCACCGGUGUGGGCCGAGUGUUGCUUCAAGCGGACGUCGCUGGAACAGCGGAAGCGGACGGCACGAACGCGCCGGAAAGCGAUAACCAUCCCCGGGCGAAUGGCGAUGGUGAUACGGUCAAUCUGGUGGUGGAAGUACCCGACAUAGCCACCGGAAUGGAGCCUAGUGCCGAGGGCCAGAGCAACGGCUCACUGGUGGCCACCUUUUUGGACAGAAUACUGUUCGUUUGUUGUGUACUUAGCUACAGUUUCAUGGUUUGCAGUUUAUUGCCAACUGAAGCGUGA